ACCACAAGUCAUGUGGGUUAAAUCUUUCAAUACUGCAGCAGACAUAUAUAGCUCCGAUUUAUACCUAAACAAGUAUCACACAAUUGGAGAUUCUAAUGAGAUUCAUAAUCACACUUACCUACAUACUCCUUCUUCUCCCUUACAAACUUUCCAUAGCAGCUGAUGACUCCAUUCAUUUAUCACAAUCCAUCACCGAUGGCCAAACCUUGGUGUCCCAAGAUGAAACCUUCGAACUCGGUUUCUUCCGUCCCGACGGCAACUCAAACAGAACAUACCUCGGUAUCUGGUUCAAGAACAUCCCUGUUCGACAAGUCGUUUGGGUCGCAAACAGGGUCAAACCAAUCACAGGCUCUGAUAACAUCAUGUUAACAGUGAACAGCACAGGCAACCUCGUCCUCACACAAAACAGCACGGUUGUAUGGUUCACAAACAUUCAAAAACAAGCACAUACCAAUCCGGUGGCGGUGCUAUUGGACAACGGCAAUCUCGUGGUGAGAAAUGAGGGAGAAACAAACCAAGAAGAGCAUUUGUGGCAGAGUUUUGACUAUCCAUCCGACACAUGGUUGCCAGACAUGAAAUUGGGAAGAAGCUUUAAAUCCGGUCAUGAUAUUGAUAGGAAAUUAACGUCAUGGAAGAGUCCACAAGAUCCAUCACCUAGUGAAUUUUCAUGUCCUUUACUACUCCAUGAUUAUCCUGAAUAUUACAUCAUGAAGGGAACAAAUAUUAAAUUGUCCCGUUUUGGACCAUGGAAUGGCGAAUAUAUUAGUGGAAUUCCAGAAGUAAGAUACACUACUUCAUCAUCUACUGAUCUCUCCAAACAUAAACAAGUAUUCUUGUUCGUACCCCUCUGGUGGUGCAUAAAGGGAUCCAAGGUGAGACUUUCUUCGGAUGAUGAAAUGCGCCUUUUCUUGAGGAAAGAUGAUCCCAGUGACUGGGAACGUCUCUUGCGUGCCUGGAGAGGCACAAGAAGAGUCCUAGUUCCAUUCGAUGAAGAAGCUUUUGAAACUUUCGGAGUUACAAAUGCUGACAGUGAUGAGAGAGAUCUUGAUUUCUUUGGCAAGGGUUCAGUAAAGAGACCUAAUGAAUUUGAGACCCAUUGUUAUCAUUUGUCACUCGAGCGUGAUGAAACAUCUCAACUGGCUGAGAUAGAUCUCCCAUUGUUUGAUCUAACAACAAUUGCUGCAGCAACUAAUGGUUUCUCGAUGAACAAAAAGAUUGGAGAAGGUGGUUUUGGACCAGUAUAUUGGGGAAAACUAACAAAUGGUCAAGAAAUAGCCGUGAAGAAACUUUCAAGGUUAUCGAGCCAAGGAAUGACUGAGUUCAUAACUGAAGUGAAACUAAUUGCACAACUUCAACAUCGAAAUCUAGUAAAGCUUCUUGGUUGUUGCAUUCAGGGACAAGAACGAGUGUUGAUUUACGAAUACAUGAACAAUGGUAGCCUACACUCUUUUAUUUUUGAUGAUAUUAAGGGUAAAUUGUUGCAGUGGCCUCAACGACUCCACAUAAUUUGUGGAAUAUGUAGAGGACUUGUGUAUCUUCACCAAGAUUCCAGAUUGAGGAUUAUCCAUAGGGAUCUCAAAGCUAGUAAUAUUUUACUUGAUCAAGAUUUAAAUCCAAAAAUAUCAGAUUUUGGAACAGCUAGAACUUUUGGAGGAGACCAGACAGAAGGAAACACAAAGAGAAUAAUUGGGACAUAUGGGUACAUGGCUCCGGAAUAUGUUUCUAAAGGGAUUUUUUCAGUGAAAUCCGAUGUUUUUAGUUUUGGUGUUCUAUUGUUAGAGAUCAUAUGUGGCAAAAGAAAUAAAGCAUAUUAUCAUACAGAUGACAAUCUUAACCUAGUUGGUCAGGCUUGGACAUUGUGGAAAGAAGGUAUAGCAUCAGAGUUAAUUGACUCAAACAUAGGAGACUCAUAUGUUGUUUCAGAAGUAUUGCGUUGCAUGCAUGUUAGCCUCUUGUGCGUACAACAGAACCCAAAUGAUAGGCCUACCAUGACCUCUGCAAUGCUAAUGCUAGAGAGUGAGAUGGCACUAGAGGAGCCUAAAGAACCUGGUUUCUUUUAUAGUAAUAUUUCACCCGAUUCAUAUUUACGUAGUAGUCGUAAGGAUAGAAGUUUAGCAUAUGAUGUAACAAUUUCUUCAUUUGGUCCUCGAUGAAAAUAAUUUUGUGGGUCAAUUUUGAGUAAA